GUGUGACGAAAUCAUAACAUGUAAUCCUAAAAAUAUGUGUGAAAUAAAAAUGGGCUUUUCUAACUAAUACAAAUAAAAUGUACUUUUACCAUUCAUUGAUGGAUAAAAACCUGAAAAAAAACAAGAGUUGAAUUACCUAAAGCAGUCAGCACACUCCAGAAAGUUGACAGUAAACAUCUCAACCAAUUGCACUGAGCCCUCAUCAACACCAAUGGCACGCGGCAAACACACAAUGUCACCCUGUCCUGAAACAGGAAACCACUCAUCAUCCAGUUCCCCACAAAGGUUCGACUGAGUGGUAGAAACCUUGUUAAUUUCAGAAAUGAAAAAACGACUGAUCCAAGUGCUUGGCUUCUUGAUGUCAUCACUGGGAUGGGUGUUUGUUCUGUGCUCCAUGGCCAUGGACUACUGGAGAAUCGCCCAAAUAGGAGGACAAGGAGGCUCCUUUAUCAUCAAAGUGGCUUGGUACUGGUCCAACCUGUGGAAGGAUUGUUUCACAGACUCCACAGCUGUCACCAACUGUAGAGACUUCCCCGUGCUCUGGAGUGUCACUGCUUAUAUCCAGGGAGUGAGAGGAUUGCUAAUGUGCGGGUUAACUCUUGGGUUCUUCGCAAUAGUACUUUGCUUUCUUGGUAUGGAGUGCACUUUUAUUGGUGGAGCUGAUAAAACCAAGGACAAACUUCUUCUUGCUGGAGCAGUGUUUCAUGUGGCUGGCAGUGUGUCAGAUCUUUCUGCCUACUGCUUAUACAUAAACAGGAUUGCAAGAACAACCUUUGCUGCCAUUGUUGAGCCAGGAGUCUUACGGUAUGACCUAGGACCUCCCAUAUUUCUAGGAUUGGUGGGAUGUUUUUUAAUUUUUUUAGGGGCUGUGUUUUACGCUGUUACAGUCUACCGAGUAAUUUGCUCUGAAAGUCAAGUAUACGCAUAUGGAGGAGGAACAUACAUGGCCCCUCGCUCCAGAGGAAGAACCCUGUACACCGGAUACUACAAACCACCCAUGCAGUAUGAAUCUUAUAUGGGCUCACGACUGUACAACAGCUCCAGAAUCUCUAAGCUGUCAAAGACAACACCCACAAAAAUCUCAGAAAGAGAUGCAUUUGUAUAGUAGGGUAAAACUCUUUUUUAUGUACAGUUUUAUUUUAACACAAACUUGCAAACUUCACAAGUCAUGUUAGCUCUAAAUGAGAGUCAUAGCAAUCAGCAUAUGAUGUACGGACAGAAUAAGAAAAACCUACAUUUUUCUUUUUAGUGCACCAUGUGUAAUUGUGAUUCAGUUGUUGUUGUUGUUGUUGUUGUUGUUGUUGUUGUUGUUGUUGUUGUAUGAAUGCAAAUCUCAUGUUUUGUUUUGGUAAAACAGGUCCUACUCUGUUUAAAAUACACUGUCCUGUGUUUACUCAUCAUUUGUGUUUGUUAAGGUUCACACAAAGAACAUACAAUGUUACUUGAAUAUCUAAUCAUAUGUAUAUAAUAAACAAGACAUUUUCACCUUA